AUGUCCCACCGUGCAUUACGUAACUGUCGCUUGCGUGUGACGUCACAAGAAUGUUCAGGAAGGCGUUCAGUGUUGCGUCAGUGUUGAACGCGCGUCUCAGAGGUGAAUUAGACAACAAACCGAGCGAUCAACAGCGAUGUUUCUUUCACGUGUGUCGUGUUUGCGGAGCGUCUCUGUGGCCGGUGUCCGGUCAGUUCUGUGUCCGAGUCCCGCCGGACUCAUGAAGAGCUGCUCACCCGUGAUGAGGCCACAGCAGGGGUUUUCCUCCAAAGCCAGAUUUGGAUUCAGACGAAGCAAGACUUCCAAAGAACAGUUUCAGGAUGCAGCGUUUCAACCUGCUACAGACACAGCUAUUAAAAUUGACAACAUGGGCAGAUUGAUUGUGGCAGGAGGUGCGGCGGUUGGAUUGGGAGCUUUGUGUUAUUAUGGACUCGGAAUGUCGAAUGAGAUGGGAGCCAUCGAGAAAGCCGUCAUCUGGCCGCAGUACGUGAAGGAGAGAAUUCAUUCCACAUACAUGUAUUUCGCAGGCAGCGUGGGACUGACGGCGCUCUCCGCUGUAGCCGUUAGCAGAACGCCAGCGCUCAUGGGACUCAUGAUGAGGGGAUCCUGGCUGGCAAUUGGGGCAACGUUUGCUGCCAUGAUCGGUGCAGGAAUGUUGGUGAGGUCAAUCUCGUACGAGCACAGUCCUCUGCCGAAACACCUGGCCUGGGCGCUACAUGCAGGUGUCAUGGGAGCCGUUAUUGCUCCAUUAACUCUCUUGGGCGGCCCACUGAUGAUUCGAGCAGCCUGGUACACAGCAGGCAUUGUGGGCGGUUUGUCGACCGUGGCCAUUUGCGCACCCAGCGAGAAGUUUCUCAGCAUGGGUGGUCCACUCGCUGUGGGCUUCGGCGUGGUGUUUGCCUCUUCUCUGGGCUCCAUGUUCCUGCCACCCACCUCAGCGCUAGGUGCCGGUCUGUACUCAGUGGCGGUUUAUGGAGGUCUGGUUCUGUUCAGCAUGUUCCUGCUGUAUGACACGCAGAAAGUCAUCAAGCGCGCGGAGACGCAUCCUCUGUACGGUGUUCAGAAAUACGACCCCAUUAACGCAUGUAUGGGCAUCUACAUGGACACUCUAAACAUCUUCAUGCGACUGGUGAUGAUUCUCGCCAACGGCGGCGGAAACAGAAAGAAGUAAACAUCAGCAGACAUCGAGACAUUAGACUGUUCUUGUGGGAAACAUCAAGAAGAAAAUAUAGCUGCAUUUAGUUGUUUAAAAGCAGUAAAAACAUUCAGUUUGCUCUCAGCUCAAUUACAUGUUUAACCCAUCAGACAGUAAAAAAACUUAUUAUUAUGAAGGUGAAUGCAGAUCCGCCUAAUUCCACAUGUUGUGUAAUUAUAAAGAAUAUUUGUGUUUUGUUUAUUUGACUAAUAAGCAUUUAGCUCAGUACAGACUCAAGUUAUUGCAGAAAGUGAAGCUACUGAAGUCUGUUCUGGAUCUGUGUGUUGCAUUUGUUUUACAAGAGAACGCUUGUGUCACACAUAUUCUGGUAUUCCUGCAGUUUCGCAUUUAUGGUUCAAUAAACUUUAUUUGCAUCUUCACUUA